AUGUUCCCAGAGCACCAACUUGCGGCCAGAGCCAGAGCUAGGGCCAGGGUAGACGAAGUAGACCGCAGAAAUCAGCCUGCUCGUGAGCGAGCCAGAAAAGAUAACACGACACAAGAAAGACAGCAAAAAACCCCUACCCCUAUCCCUCAUGGAGAUGGCCCUACCCUUCAUGAGGAUGGAAAGGACGAGGAUCACAUCCGCCACGACACUCAACAAGAUUUGCCUACUGGAUUAUCUCCUUGUGUAAGACAGCAGGCGAUGGGUUCAGAUUUUAAGAGGCUAUAUGCUCACUGA